CCCCGUCUACGCCACCGGGCCAGGCGGCGGUAGCCAUCAUCUCCGGCUCACCCGCUGCCCGACAGGUCCUCUUGGACGGUCUUGACUCGCUGCUGCUCGUCGUCUCGUCUGCUUGGACACAAGGACGGACGCGUGCCUCCAUACGCUAAACGAUCCAGCAUCGGGUAGAGAAAGCGUGCGUCUUCAGAUCGCACCCACAUCAUCCUCACGGUGAGCAUGCUGAUCACCAUGGGGACCUCAUCUUCAGAUCGCCAGCAGCGUGUAAACUAGUGCCGUGUCCAUGCCGUCCGAUCCCGGGUUCUUGCGCCGCCACCGCCACGGCGUGCUCGGAUAAUCCUCCAAGGCAAAGCUCCCCCGGCGCGGCGGGCGAGCGCGAGAGCCAUGCAUGGCGAGACCUCCCGCUACUGCGGCGGUGGCCCGUGUCUGCCUCGGCGUCGCCCUCGUUGCCCUCCUGCUCGCCACCUCCGGCCUCUCGCGCGGCGCCACGGGCGGCGCCGAUGUCUCGUCCUCGCUGGCCAACGAGGCGCGCUGCGACGGCGGCUGCGACGGCAAGCGGCGGCUCGGGAGCACAGAAGGCAGCUGCCGCUACCCCGCGGCCGGGUCUGGUGAUCCAGGCCGCAACCCGCGCGGCGGGUAUGUCGACUACCUGCACCUCUUCUACUGCGUCCUCGGCGGCGGGCGCCGGCCUGCGCUGGGCUACGCCGCGAUGGCGGUGUGGCUCGCCGUGCUCUUCUACCUGCUCGCCGACACGGCGGCGGUCUACUUCUGCUCCAGCCUCGAGGGCCUCGCGCGCCUGCUCGGCCUCCCGCCGGCCAUCGCCGGGGCCACGCUGCUCUCGCUCGGGAACGGCGCGCCCGACGCGCUCUCCGCGCUCGCGUCCUUGGACGGCGGCAAGGGCGGAGGGGCCGCCGCCGUCGGGCUCAACGGCGUGCUCGGCGGGGCGAUGUUCGUGUCCGCCGCCGUGCUCGGCGUUGUCGCCCUCCGCGUCGGCGGCCAGGGGGUCGCCGUCGACCGCGCCAGCUUCUUCCGGGACGCGGGCUUCCUCCUCCUGGCCCUCGCCGCCGUGGCCGUCGUCCUCGCCGUGGGCGAGGUCAACAUCUGGGGCGCCGUUGCGUUCGCCUCGCUCUACCUCGUCUACGUCCUCGCCGUCGCCUUCACCCCGGACCGCUGGCCGACGAGACGCCAGGAUGACGAGGAGGACCACGCCCAUGCCACCGCCUCCUCGGAGCUCCAUAGCGUCGCAGAGACCAAGUUCUACACCGACCAGGAGGCACAAGAUUCACUCCUCUCCGACACCGCGCCUCUCCUCCAGUACUACGCCGCCGGCGACAACAACGGCGGAACCGGUGAGAACAGGAGCGCGUUCUGGACCGUGUUUCGCGUGCUAGCGCUUCCCCUGACUCUCCCCCGGCGGCUGACGAUCCCGGACGCGAGCAAGGAGCGGUGGAGCAAGCCGACCGCGGUGACCGCGGCCACGCUCGCCCCAAUCUUCCUGUCCAUCCUCUGGAGCCACCGCGCCACGGGGAACCCGUUCCCUGCCGUCCUCCUCGGCGGCCUCGCUGGAAUCGCGCUGGGCCUCCUCGCGUUCCUCACCACGGAUCCCUCCGCCCCGCCAGCCCGGUUCCUCGCGGCGUGGCUCGCCGGCGGGUUUGCCAUGAGCGUGGCGUGGGCGUACGUGAUCGCCAACGAGGUCCUCUCCCUGCUGGUCUCGGCCGGCACCGUCCUGUCCGUGGACGCCGCGACGCUGGGGGUGACCGUGCUCGCCUGGGGAAACUCGCUCGGCGACCUCAUCGCGAACGUGGCGGUGGCCUCCCGCGGUGGCCCCGGCGGCGCGCAGGUGGCCGUAUCCGGCUGCUACGGCGGGCCGGUGUUCAACGUCCUCGUGGGCCUAGGCCUGUCCAUGCUGCUGUCGUGCUGGACCGGGGACCCGCAGCCCAUGAAGAUUCCGAGGGAGCCUGGGCUCUACCGGACGCUGGGCUUCGUGGUUGCUGGGCUUUCGUGGGCCUUGGUGAUGCUGCCCCGGAGAGGGAUGAGGGUGGACAGGACGCUGGGCUUUGGGCUCCUGGCGAUUUAUUUUUGUUUCGUCUGUAUUAAUAUUUCACAGCUCAAGAACGAACAGUAAACUUAUUGGAUUCAUUCAUUCAUUCA